AUGGCCACCUCAGCAAGUUCAAAACUGAACAAAGCUGUUAAGCAGCAGUACAUGGACCUCCCUCAGGGGGACAAGGUCCAAGCCAUGUACAUCUGGAUCGAUGGGUCUGGAGAAGGGGUGCGCUGCAAGACCAGAACUUUGGAUUCUGAACCCAAGACGAUAGAGGAUCUUCCUGAGUGGAACUUUGAUGGCUCCAGCACCUACCAGUCAGAGGGCUCCAACAGCGACAUGUUCCUCAUCCCUGCAGCCAUGUUCAGGGACCCGUUCAGGAAAGACCCCAACAAGCUGGUGCUCUGUGAGGUGCUCAAGUACAACCGCAAACCGGCAGAGACCAACCUGCGCCAUACCUGUAAGCAGGUCAUGAGCAUGGUGGAGAACAACCACCCAUGGUUCGGUAUGGAGCAGGAGUACACUCUCCUGGGCACGGACGGGCAUCCCUUCGGCUGGCCCUCCAACGGCUUCCCCGGUCCACAAGGGCCUUAUUACUGUGGAGUGGGAGCAGAUAAGGCGUAUGGUCGAGACGUAGUGGAGGCGCACUACAGAGCCUGUCUGUAUGCUGGGGUUAAUAUCUGUGGCACCAAUGCUGAAGUCAUGCCAGCUCAGUGGGAGUUCCAGGUUGGGCCUUGUGAAGGUAUCAACAUGGGGGACCACCUGUGGGUUGCUCGCUUCAUCCUUCACAGAGUGUGUGAAGAUUUCGGCGUGGUGGCGUCCUUUGACCCCAAACCAAUCACAGGGAACUGGAAUGGUGCCGGCUGCCACACCAACUUCAGCACGAAGGAGAUGCGAGACGACGGAGGACUGAAAAUCAUUGAGGAGUCGAUAGACAGGCUAGCAAAGAGACACAGGUACCACAUCCGGGCCUACGAUCCCAAAGGUGGGCUCGACAACGCCAGGCGACUCACUGGCCGCCACGAAACUUCAAACAUCGACGAGUUCUCAGCAGGCGUGGCCAAUCGCGGCGCCAGCAUCCGCAUCCCUCGCUCAGUAGGGCAGGACAAGAAGGGCUACUUCGAGGACCGCCGUCCGUCCGCCAACUGCGACCCUUACAUCGUCACGGAGGCUCUGGUGCGCACGUGUUUACUGAAAGAAGAAGGAGAGGAGCCCACAGAUUACAGCAAAUGAACAAUCUUAAGACCAAGUGUCAUUACCAGUACUGUGUUUAGCCACGUCUUCUUCAAGACUGUAUGGAUCCAAGUUAAAUUGUUAACAUGACAGAUGAAAUAAUUCUUAAGCUAUUCCUGCAUUCUUUGUGCAUUUACUUGCAUGCAGAGAGUUUUUACCUCUGGCACAAACACUGCCAACACAUUUUGUUAUGGUAGCUGAUAACUUGUAUCGAAUUACAUAACUGAGUGUUUUUAACCUGUACUAAUGAAAAACAUUAUUUAAGUGCAGCAGGUUUUUGCUGUAGAACUGUGACCCAAAGGAUCCCAAUGGCAUUUGAAUGUUUUUAGCAGUCGUGGCUGCUGACUGUCGCAAUGGUGGUUUUUAUCAUGUUGUGGAUGUUUAAGGUCAAAAUGUCAGCCAAUGUUUUUUUGAAUAAUGAAUAUGUCUUUUGUCUGUUUUUUCACUUGUAAUUGUUAAAAAAAAAAAAUAAACGGCUAACAUUUUUAGGUCUGA